GCUAUCCAUCUAAAUUGCAUGAGUGAUUCAGUUGCUAAAUUUUUGCGUUAGGAGUUUGAGAAAUAUUUCUCAUCUUUACCUAUCUCCACUUAAAAUCGACACCACCGCCACCUGCUAAUGGAGAAAAGAUGAGCAAUGGCGCACUAUUAAGUGGAUAUUAACAAAUAUGAGAUCGACGGGUGUGCGAUUACGGAAUUGCAUGCACAAUAUUGCUAUAUUAUAAAUAAGAUUAUCUGUUUAGGACGAGAGCUCUAUAUAUCAGUCUUAGUCAAUAGCCAUAGCCGUAUCUCUCUCUAUCACUAACUCUGAAAAGAGACAGCUUCUUUGUCCUCCUUGGAUCAGUUCAAAGCCAUGAAAGCUCUUUUCGAAUUCUUUCUUCUUUUUCUUGUGUCUUUUCUGAUAGAAACAGGAGCAGCUGCAGUAGUAAGGGAUGGUGUUUAUAUAGUUUACAUGGGGGCUGGCAAUGGCUACUUGGAUGACGACUAUGUCCAGCUUUUGAGCUCUGUAUCCAAACAGAAAAAGAAUGCUGUAGUAUACAGCUAUAGACAUGGGUUCUCAGGGUUUGCUGCUCGUUUGUCAGAAGCUGAGGCUCGAGCAAUGGCAAAGAAGCCUGGAGUUGCAUCGGUUUUUGCCGAUCCUGUCCUCCAACUCCACACAACUCAUUCAUGGGACUUCCUGAAGUACCAAACUGAUAUUGAGAUUGACAAAUAUCCCACUUCAGAAUCUAGCUCAUCCUCUAAUGGGUUGGACACAGUUAUUGGACUCAUAGAUUCAGGAAUCUGGCCUGAAUCAGAGAGUUUCAGCGACAAGGAUAUGGGUUCAAUUCCAUCAACCUGGAAGGGAACCUGUGUUGAAGGUUACAACUUCAACACAUCCAACUGCAAUAGAAAACUCGUUGGAGCUAGAUUUUACGAUAGCCCUGACGAUGACGAAGAUAAAAUAUAUCAAACGCCUAGGGACAUGAUUGGACAUGGCAGUCAUGUUGCUUCAACUGCUGCAGGAGCUGUGGUGCCGCAUGCAUCUUACUAUGGUCUGGCUGAGGGGAGUGCAAAAGGUGGCUCCCCGGGAUCAAGAAUUGCUGCAUAUAGAGUAUGUUCGGAGAAUGGAUGCUAUGGAUCCAGCAUUUUAAAAGCAUUUGAUGAUGCAAUUGCGGAUGGUGUUAGUAUACUAUCUGUAUCAGUCGGUGCGCCAUCAUCAUUUAUUCCAGAUCUAAACAAGGAUCCAAUUGCCAUCGGUGCAUUUCAUGCGGUUGAGAAUGGGAUCACUGUCGUCUGCUCUGCAGGGAACGAUGGGCCUGACCCAGAAACUGUUGUGAAUGCUGCACCCUGGAUUCUGACAGUUGCUGCUACUACCAUUGACAGGGAUUUUGAGUCGGAUCUUGUUUUGGGCGGAAACAAAGUGAUCAAGGGUGAAGGCAUAAAUUUUGCUAAUAUCGGCAAAUAUCCACUGCACCCUCUGAUAUAUGCAAAGGCAGCCAAGACAGCUAAUGGGGAUGAAGAUGAUGCCAGAAACUGCAGGCCAGAUUCCAUGGAUAAGGAUAUGAUCAAAGGAAAGAUUGUAUUCUGUGAUAAUGAAGAUGGUGAAUUAUCAGAGAAUCAGAAGAAGGAAGAAGUGCAAAAAUUGGGAGGAAUUGGUUUAGUUUUAGUUGAUGACAAGACAAGGGCAGUUGCAGCUUCUUAUAAGGAAUUUCCAAUGACUCUCAUCAGUUCAGAGGAUGCUGCUGAAAUCCUUUCCUAUAUUAACUCAACUAAAGAUCCAGUUGCAACGAUUUUACCUACCACAACAGUGACAAAUUAUAAGCCAGCGCCAAUGGUUGCAUACUUCUCAGCUAGAGGUCCUUCUUCCAUCGCAAGGAACAUCCUGAAGCCCGAUAUUGCAGCACCAGGAGUCAACAUAAUUGCAGCAUGGAAGGGUAAUGAUACAGGAGAGGCUCUUAAAGGUCAAGAACCGCCACUAUUCAACGUGAUCUCAGGAACUUCCAUGUCAUGUCCACAUGUUUCUGGAAUUGCUGCAGAGGUAAAAUCUCAGAAUCCUACAUGGAGCCCUUCUGCAAUCAAAUCAGCCAUUAUGACAACAGCGUCCCAAACGAACAAUGUUAAGGCUCACAUAACGACAGAUUCAGGUGUCGAAGCAACAGCUUAUGAUUAUGGGGCGGGAGAAGUAGGCACAAGUGGACCACUGCAACCGGGACUAGUUUAUGAGACUAGCACCAUUGACUACUUGAACUUUCUUUGCUAUAUUGGAUAUGAUACAUCCACAGUAAGAGUAAUCUCGAAAAAUCUUCCCCAUGGUUUUGCUUGCCUGAAGGAUUCGAGCACUGAUCUUAUAUCCAAUAUCAACUAUCCAUCCAUAGCAAUUUUCAACCUCUCUGUAAAUCAGAGUAAGAUGGUAAGCAGGACUCUGACAAACGUUGGUGGAGAUGGUGAUACAACAUACACUGCAAUCAUUUAUGCGCCUCCCGGUCUGGAAGUUGGAGUCGGUCCAACGCCACUACAAUUUACAAAGAACGGACAGAAACUGAGCUAUACAGCUUAUUUCAAGGCACUUUCAGUUCUAGAUGAUGAUGAUGUGUUUGGAGCAAUUACAUGGACUAAUGGAAAAUUUAAAGUCCGGAUACCAUUUGUUGUAAGCAGUAGGAGCAGCAAGUGACUAGAAACCAUGUAUGUUACAUAGAUAUAGCUUAAAUAAAUAAUGGCUGUUGCACCACUCAUCAACUCUAGUUAGUAGUCCAAAUACGUAAAUCCAAGUCAUGAUGCCAUCAAACCUGUGAGUAAUGCUCGCCAUAUCACUGUUAAUUGCUAUAACUUCUGUUAAUUUUUUCUUUCUAAAUUUGACUUAUUUAAUUAGGGACUAGCUAGUA